UGGUGUGGAGCUCAGAACACUUUGCUUGAUUUGCGAGAACGUAGUCGGGGAUAGUCUAUCCACUACAAGAUAAAGCAUGGCUCAAGAGCACCACCCAGAUCACGUCAAGGAUGAGGCACAGGUUGUGGAGGGCGGCAGUGGCGCAACUCCGGAGAAGAAAUCCGUGCUCCAGAAGGCCAAGGACAAGGUCAAGAAACUCGGGAGCAAGCUCAAGCCCAAGAGUCAUAGCGGCGGUGGUGAGGACGGCACUAAGCAAGAGAUUAUCGAUGAUUCUAUUCCUGGUGAAGAGGGUGAGGUUGAGGAAGAGGAAGAGCUGAGCACCGAGGCUCAGGCUCCUUCCAGCCAGCCCGACUCGAGAGAUUUGAAUGUGCCAUUGGAUGAGUAUGCUUUGAUCCAGCAAAAGGAAAAGAAAGACAAUGAUGAUAGCUUUGAAUUUAGAAAAUCGGAUGGCCUAACCGAGGGGUUGCCUUCUCAAGCCAUCGCGGAGCAUCAAGAGCCAUCGGACGCCCUCCAAGCCGUCCCCACGAACUACAAUUACAAGGACAAAGAUGGUGAUCUCGAUGACAAGGCACCCGCGGAGUCACAGACUCAAGAACCGACUCCACAGACUUCUGAAACUCGUGACGAUGAGAGGAAAGAUAGGAGCAUUUUUAUGUCCGACAAGGGGGUGCAAGUCACUCCCGAACAAGUGGAAGAACUGUCUUCCAGCAAUGUUUACACUGGAGAACCCGACAUUAAGUCUUCCUCAAGUGCUCAAGGGGAGGAGUCCUUGGAGCAAGCUAAAGUUGAUCAGGGAAACGAUGCUGCCAAGCAGCCAACGGAAGGUGAUGAGAAUAUUGUCAGCCGAGAACUUGACACAAAGGAGAUCGAUCAGCCUCCAAAGUUUGAGGGCGAGAAAGGCACUGACGAGAUCUCUGCUGAGCCGCGCGAGCUUCCGAGCGAGCAUCAAACUUCAGGCGAGAAACAAGAGGGUGGUGAGAUCGACCCAAAGGUGGCUGACGAUCGGAGUGCUCCAACGCACGGAGACGAGCAGAUUCUUGACGAUCCGAUGGGUCAAGAGCAGGAAAAAGCAGCGCCUCUCGACGAUACAGUGGCUGGCGAGAAAGCACCAGCCGCCGAUGAGCAUCUGGGCGACUCAAAGGUUGACGAGGCUUUGAAGGAAUCAUCCGGCUUGGAACAGCAAUCCGCGGAGACAAAGCUCGACGACGAGACUUCUAUCAAUGCGACCAAGGAGAGCGAGUCCAGCAAAGGCGAGGGAGCGCAAGCCGAGAGAGGCCCAGAGGAAAUUAGCAGCAGCAAAGUGGAAGAAUCCCCAGUUGAGAAAGACGAGAGCGGCAGCAAAGUGGAAGAAUCUCCAGCUGAGAAAGACGAGAUUGGCAGCAAAGUGGAAGAUAGCUCCUCACAACGGGACAUUGGAUUUGUGGAUGCGAGUGACAAAGGUUUACCAGAAGCACCAAAGAACGGGGAGAACUUCAUGGACGCCAAGGAUGAAACACUGGAGCGGACCGACGAUGCACCCACCAUCGAGGAAAUCAAAGAUGAAGAGCCACAGGCACUUCCAACGCAGGAGUCGGCACCAAAGCCUCGAGAGCUGGAGGAGACGAGCGAUCAAUUGACAGGAGCUCCAGAGAAAUCACAAGUCCCGGAGUCAAAGGAGAGUGAUCAAACAGCAGCACCAGUUGAAACGUCUGCUCGAGAAGAUCCAGUCUCCGCUGCUCAAGACACUGUCAAGGAAGAGGAGCCAUCAGAGAAGGUAAUUGCAGCCCCCGACCAAGCUCAUCCCAAAGAACAGAAUAAAGAGGACAAAGCCGAAGCGUCUCCACUGCCAGAGAAAAGCGCCAUAGCCCAAGAGAAUCCGAAUGAAGCACCCAACUCAGGACUCUUUGGGCAGUUUGCUACCAAGCUCGGCUAUGGCAGCGGCAAGUAAGUUCGGCUAUGGCUUGCUACCUUCUAUUGGAUUCUUGUGUAUACAUAUCCUACUAGCAAGGAAUCCAGCUCCGCUGGAAUAGAUAGAACAUCUGUUAUAUAGGUGACAUGAAUCCUAAAGAAUUAGUUGUUUGUUUUCAUCAUCCAGUAGUAAUGAUGUAUAUUUAUAAUUCAUAUAUAUAUAUAUAUAUAGAUAUAUAUAUAUAUAUUAUUCUGGGAUUAGACACCAUGAUCAA